AUGGGGUGGUUUCCUGGUGGUUCGAGAGUCUUCCAGCGGAUUUAUGUUGCAGAGGAGGUCCCCAGCGUCAGCGAGUGGUCUGCACGCGCCGUCGCCGGCGGCGUCAUUUUCUUGGCUCCGGAAUUUGGUUUUGUUAGAUUCUAUACCUUUGAGUGUGAGAGGAAGCGUAAUAAGCCGGAGCGAUAUGACAGUAAUGUCACAGAAAAGACGCUGAAGGCCAUUAAGGGUCCGUUUGGGUUUACGAUUUCAAAAAUCAGAUCAAGGAGGGAAGCCAAACACAUUGAGAGGAUAAAGAAGGGAAAGAAGGGCCAGCUAAUGAGAGAGGCAGUAAAGGAGGUAGAGCAGAGCAUCAGCUUAGUCAAAGCCCCAGCUGUCCUCAGCGAGGAUCCAUCUCUUGUUACUCUUCCAAAGAUCAUGGUCAAGGUAUCCCAACCGAGCGCUUCUACAUAUUCUCCACUCAUCCCCCUUCAUUACCCUUUAAUAAUAAAAAAAUUAAUUUUUAUUAAAAAGUUGUCUUUGAUGUGA